AGGUUUUGCCCUCUCCACUAACCAGUCAUGGUCCCUUGGGUCCUUCUGCUCCUGUGGAUCUCCGGACAUGGGUUGGAAGCCAUGUUUUCGCAGCAGCCACAGGACCUGGUGGUAGUUGCAGGCCAGCCUGUGACGUUACCGUGCACUAUCCCCGGAUACCACGGUGUUGUCCUGUGGAUCAAAGACGGCCUAGCGCUAGGAGUGGGCAGAGACCUUUCUGGCUAUCCUCGUUACACAGUGAUUGGCGACCACGGAUCAGGAGAGCAUCAUUUGCGAAUCCAGCGUGUCGAGCUGAUGGAUGAUGCUGUGUUUGAGUGCCAGGCCGUCCAGGCUGCCAUGAGGUCCCGUCCGGCCCGGCUCACUGUGCUAGUUCCCCCAGAAGACCCCGUCAUCAGUGGAGGGCCAGUGGUGAGCCUAAGGGCUGGUGACCCUCUCAAUCUGACCUGCCACGCUGACAAUGCCAAACCUGCAGCCUCCAUCAUUUGGAUCCGCAACGGAGAGGUCCUUAACGGGGCCAUGUACUCCAAGACCUUGCUCCGAGAUGGCAGGAGAGAAAGCACCGUGAGCACGCUCUACCUAUCGCCUACCAACAUCGAGACAGGUCAGCAGAUCAUCUGUAAGGCCUCUAACAAGGCAGUCCCCAACGGCAAGGAGACCAGUGUCACAAUUGACAUUCAACAUCUUCCACUUGUCAAUCUUUCAGUGGAGCCUCAGCCUGUUCUGGAGGGCAACCUCGUGAAAUUUCACUGCUCUGCAAAGGCCAACCCUCCUGUCACACUCUACAGGUGGGCCAAAGGAGGAAGUAUAAUCAAGGAGGUCUCUGGAGACACAUAUGAGGUUAUUGUGGACCACUCCUUCUUUAUAGAACCCGUUUCCUGUGAAGUUACCAACCCCCUUGGCAGCACCAACAUCAGCCGCAACGUUGAUGUCUACUUUGGCCCUCGCAUGGCUGCGGAGCCUCAGUCCUUGCAGGUUGACCUUGGAUCCGAUGCUGUCUUCAACUGUGCCUGGACAGGAAAUCCCUCUCUUACCAUAGUGUGGAUGAAAAGGGGCUCAGGAGUGGUUCUUAGCAACGAAAAUCUCCUGACACUGAAAUCCGUGAGACAGGAGGACGCUGGGAAAUACGUUUGCCGUGCUGUUGUCCCACGUGUUGGAGCAGGGGAGAAGGAGGUUUCUCUUACUGUCAAUGGGCCACCUACGAUCUCCAGUACACAGACUCAGCAAGCUUUACAUGGAGAAAAAGGACAAAUCAAGUGUUUCAUCCGAAGUACACCUCCUCCAGACCGCAUUGCAUGGUCAUGGAAGGAAACUGUGUUGGAGUCUGGAACUUCUGGGCGCUACACCGUAGAAACUGUCAACACAGAAGAAGGAGUGAUUUCUACAUUGACCAUGAGCAACAUUGUCCCAGCUGACUUCCAGACUAUCUACAACUGCACUGCCUGGAACAGCUUUGGCUCUGACACGGAGAUCAUACGCCUUAAGGAACAAGGUGGGAGCCAAGGUUCGACAGAAGGACAUGUCAUUUUGUUCCUCUGUGCAGAAUCUCUCCCUGUGGCGGUGAUCAUCGGCAUUGCUGUGGGAGCUUUCGUGGCCCUCAUUGUCCUCAUGGGCACCAUCGGAGCAUUCUGUUGCACUCGAUCCCAGAGAAAUCUAAAAGGAGUUGUGUCGGCAAAAAACGACAUUCGGGUAGAGAUUGUGCACAAAGACCACAAUGCAGCCCGGGAAAAUGAAGAGCACACCUCCAUGAAACAGCUGAUGGUUGAACGGGGAGAGUUCCAGCAGGAAUCUGUUCUGAAGCAGCUGGAGGUAUUACAAGAGGAAGAGAAAGAGUAUCAGCACAUUAAGGACCCUACAAAUGGCUAUUACAGUGUCAAUACCUUCAAGGAGCACCACACACCUACCAUGGCAGGGAAUCAGACCACGGAGGUGAGGAACCCCACCAACACAGGUACCCUGGGCAAGCAACGGGUACCAACAGGCAUGUCCUUCACCAACAUCUAUUCCACUCUGGGAGCAGGUCCCAACCGCCUGUACGACUACAGCCAACGCUUCGUGCUGGGCAUGGGCAGCAGCUCCAUUGAGCUGUGCGAGCGGGAGUUCCAGCGCGGCUCGCUCAGCGACUCCAGCUCUUUUAUCGACACGCAGUGUGACAGCAGCGUCAGCAGCUACAGUAAGCCGGACGGCUAUGUGCAGUUCGACAAAGACAGCAAGGCAUCAGCCUCCUCGUCUUCCCACUAUUCCCAGUCGUCCUCGCAGAACUCAGACCUCACCCGGCCUCUCCAGAAGCGCAUGCAGACCCACGUCUGACCUCAAGGGAGGGAGGGUGUUUGACC